AUGACUGGCGAUGGAGAAGACGGCGACAAGGACACUCGGAGGAAAAGUGUCAAGAUGCAACAUCUGCCUUCGCCGUCCUCCACGGGCAGUAAAAAGGGCAUCUGUGAUACCAAAAGCGGGGAGACAGAGGUAGAAGCAGGGAGACUAUUUAAGACGAACGUGAAUGGGGACUGUCGGAGGUUUCGGGGUAGCCUGUCUUCCAUCAGCAGUCGACAUACCUAUGAUUCAAAUGCAGCCGAACAGAGGCUUCUCAUCACCGAGACAGACGGCAGCCCUGCUGAUGACAACCCCAGCGAUGAGCCAGGAUCUGGAGCGGACCAGGGGGCUCAGGGUGGCGGGGCAGGUGCUAGCGGCGGCGCGGGCGCCCAGGAAGCGUCUCCCGGCGAGCAGCCCAGUUUCAUAAAGUUGGAAGGAAUCGAUCAGAUUAUGUCGGACGAUGACAGAAUGUAUCAGUCUGGCUUCAUGCAACGGCAGCUGGGGGCGAUGCUGCAACCCGGGGUCAACAAGUUCUCCCUCCGAAUGUUCGGAAGUGAGAAGGCAGUGGAGCGCGAGCAGGAGAGGGUGAAAUCGGCGGGCUUUUGGAUCAUCCACCCGUACAGCGACUUCAGGUUCUACUGGGAUCUGAUCAUGCUGCUGCUGAUGGUGGGGAACCUGAUCAUCAUCCCGGUGGGCAUCACGUUCUUCAAGGACGAGCACACGCCCGCGUGGAUCGUCUUCAACGUGCUGUCCGACACGCUCUUCCUGGUGGACCUGGUGCUCAACUUCCGCACGGGCAUCGUGAAGGAGGACAGCACGGAGAUCGUGCUGGACCCGCAGGAGAUCAAGCGCCGCUACCUGCGCAGCUGGUUCGCCGUGGACUUCGUCUCCUCCAUCCCCGUGGACUACAUCUUCCUCAUCGUGGAGACGCGCAUCGACUCGGACUUCUACAAGACGGCGCGCGCCCUCCGCAUCGUACGCUUUAUGAAAAUCCUUAGUCUACUGCGGCUGCUGCGCCUGUCCCGCCUCAUACGCUACAUCCACCAGUGGGAGGAGAUCUUCCACAUGACCUAUGACCUGGCGAGCGCCAUGGUGCGGAUCGUGAACCUGAUUGGCAUGAUGCUGCUGCUGUGCCACUGGGACGGCUGCCUCCAGUUCCUGGUGCCCAUGCUGCAGGACUUCCCCCCCGACUGCUGGGUCUCCAAGAACAAGAUGGUGAACGACACGUGGGGGCAGCAGUACUCGUACGCGCUGUUCAAGGCGAUGAGCCACAUGCUGUGUAUCGGGUACGGCAUGUACCCGCCGGUGGGCAUGAUGGACGUGUGGCUCACCAUCCUCAGCAUGAUCGUGGGCGCCACCUGCUACGCCAUGUUCGUGGGCCACGCCACCGCCCUCAUCCAGUCCCUCGACUCCUCACGCCGCCAGUACCAGGAGAAGUACAAGCAGGUGGAGCAGUACAUGUCCUUCCACAAGCUUCCGGCGGACAUGCGGCAGCGUAUCCAUGACUACUACGAGCACCGCUACCAGGGCAAGAUGUUCGACGAGGAGAGCAUCCUGGGAGAGUUGAAUGAGCCGCUGCGAGAGGAGAUCAUUAGUUUCAACUGUCGGAAGCUGGUGGCCACCAUGCCCCUGUUUGCUAACGCGGACCCCAACUUUGUGACGUCCAUGCUGACCAAGCUGCGGUUCGAGGUGUUCCAGCCGGGCGACUACAUCAUCAGAGAGGGCACGGUGGGGAGGAAGAUGUACUUCAUCCAGCACGGCGUGCUCAGCGUCCUCACCAAGGGCAGCAAGGAGACCAAGAUCUCCGACGGAUCCUACUUUGGAGAGAUCUGCUUGCUGACCCAUGGGCGGCGCACGGCGAGUGUGCGUGCGGAGACCUACUGCCGCCUCUACUCGCUCUCCGUCCACCACUUCAACGAGGUGCUGGAGGAGUACCCCAUGAUGCGCCGCGCCUUUGAGACCGUCGCUCUCGACCGCCUGGACCGCAUAGGCAAGAGGAGCUCCAUCCUCCAGCACAAGGUGGCGCAUGACCUGAGCUCAGGUGAGCUGGACCUGCAGGAGAACGAGAUGAUCCAGCAGAUCGUGCAGCACGACCGCGACAUGGCUCACUGCGCCCACCUCAUCCCCACACACACACACACACACGGGCGCGCGCGCGGGCACACACACGACGACCCCGGGCACACGCCGGUCAUCUGGGCGCCGCUGAUCCAGGCUCCGCUGCAGGCGGCCGCCGCCACCACCUCCGUGGCCAUCGCGCUCUCGCGCCACCCUCACCUGCACCAGACGCUCUACCGGCCGCCCGGCGCACACCACACACACACACACACACGCGCGCCGCGCAGGGCCACGCACGGGGCAUCCUCCUCGCCGGCCGGACCCGCAUCCGUCCCCACGGCAACCGCAUCCGCCUCCGCCUCCGCCUCCGCCGGCCCCUCUCAGUUCUCGUCGGGGGUGGAGACGCCCAUCCUGGACUCGCUCAGGGCCAAGCGCGCCUCCUCCACCUCCCCCUCCUCCACCUCCCACCUCCCCUCCAGACAGCAGCAGCAGCCCCGGCCCCCCCCGGCCUGCGUGUCCACCUGCUCCAGCUCUGCCCAGCUGCACCCCCAGCUGCCCCCCCAGCACCCCCUGCCCCUGCCCCUGCCCCUGCCCCUGUGCCCCGAGCCCUUCUCCAGCGCGCCGCUGCCCGGCUUCUUCCAGCAGGGGGCUCCAGUGAGGGGCGCUGCGGGCACUAGGACCCAGUUUGCUGCUAUGGGCUCCCUGGUGGCCAGCUCCAUCAACCCCAUCCUGAGCCAGCUGCAGCACGCGCCCUUGCCCAUGCCCACCCCCGCGCCCGCGCCAACCCUCGCCAGGCCCAGCCAGGAGGGCAUCCGUCUGGGCAGGACCGCCAGCAACCAGCCCUUCGCCCUCUACUCCGCGGCCGGCUCCCCUGCCAGCUCGCCCGCGGGACCUCGUGAGCCUGCGGAGGCGUCGUCGGCGUCGCUGGCGCGGCAGGUGGGCACGCAGCAGCAGCAGCAGCAGGUGGUCGUGGGCAAGCCCGUGCUGACGGCCGAGUCGUCCUCGUCUGCGUUGGCAUCGCUGGCGCAGUACGGCUCUCGAACCGCCUCGCCCAGCUCGGACACGCCCACUCCGCCCGCCGCACCCAGCCCGCUGCUGCAGAGCCCCCUGCUGGACACGCGCUGGCAUCACAGCCCCGGCCACUCGUCUGGAGCGUCCAGCUCGCCGGGGCACCUGAGCGCCCACCUGCACGCCCUCUGCCCGCUGCAGACGCCCAGUCCCACGGUGACCCCGCGGCCGAGCCCUCGGAGAGACGCGGCGCCAGCGCCCGAGUGCCCCCCCGCCCUGUCCAGACAGAUGUCCUCCGCGUCCCUGAGCCCCCGGCUCUCCCUGGGGGGGUCACCACCAAUCGCCCCCGGCAACAGACCCCUGUCCACCCUCCCCGGCCCCCCCGCCCUGUCCAGACAGAUGUCCUCCGCGUCCCUGAGCCCCCGGCUCUCCCUGGGGGGGUCGCCCACCCCCCCACCCCCCCCUCGGGACGGCUCUGCGCCCGGGACACCAGGGGGCGCUAUGCCUCACCCCAAACUGCCCUCUAACCUGUGA